AUGGCACCUAUGAAACGACGAAACGCAAUGAUCCCUAAACCCAGAAGAGCGAGAGAACUCGCCAGCAUGCGCAGAAGGAACAGCGCAAAAGCAGUGGACCUUGUCUCAGAGUCAGAGUCAGAGUCAGGAUCAGAAUCAGACGAACAAGAGGAUGAAGGGGUUUACGAAGUGGAACGCAUCGUCGACCAUCGAAUGUCAAGGCGUUAUCCGGGUACCAAGGAAUAUCUUAUCAAGUGGAAAAACUAUGACGAGGACAGCAAUACAUGGGAAAACGAAAAGAACGUCUUCUCUGAAGAUUUGAUGAAGAAGUAUUGGGAUGAGAAGAACAAGGAGAGGAACAACAAAAAGAGAUCAACGGCUACAUCAAGUUCAAUGAAGAAGAAGAGGAAGCAAGAGCGCGACAAUGAUAGCAAAGUCGAGGUCUCUAUUCAUCCGCCAAGCGGUCUCGAAUGGGAGGAUGCCAAACGAGUGGUACACAUCUUUGCUGACAAAACCAGUGAACUUUUCGGCAGAGUGGAAUGGCCCGAUGAUCAAACGACUUUAUACAGGACGUCCAUUUUACGAGAUGAAAUUCCUGGUUUGCUCAUCGACUUUUAUGAGAAGCAUCUUGCGUUUGCCGAGACAAAAUGA